AAAGCCAGAAAUAGCCUUUGCCAGACAAAGCAACGUCUUCAGAGGAAACUGCGCAGGUGAGUAUUACUGAUAUAACGAAACAAUGUUUCACGUAAUUUUUUGAUUUCUUUAGUUGUGAUUUCCUUUCAGUCAAUUCACGACCAAUCGCAGCAAGACGAAAAUAACUAUUGACUCAAAUUUCGAAAAUAAUAGUUUAUAACACUGCUCUCUGACGUCUUCUUCUAUCAAGAGAACAUAUUUUUCAUGUCUUGGCACUUUUUCUCCCUUUUUUUUCCUGUGGUACACAAAAGAACAUUCAAAACGUUUACCAAAACAUAGUACCUCAGUUCUUCGCGCGCUUGCAACAACCACACUUCGUUUGCCUACGUGUCAUUUGGAAACUUGACAACUAUAAAACCUUGAUUUGGCUUCUGAUUCGUUUUUUCCUCUUCUAAUACUAACCUGCUGGAAGAUGUUGUAUUAAAUUGCCCGUGCUCUUCACUGUCCUUUAUUCAUCGUGAUUUUUAAAGCACCAAAUACUGCGCGAUCCUUCUCAAAGUAUGUUUCGGCCAUCAAGACGACCACACGAAACACUUUAGGUGACUGGGACGAUCACAAUAGACUGGUUAGAACUGUAGUGAAAAUAUUGAUGGGUUAAAUAUAAUCUAACAAAUCCCCUUAAUCGACGCGGAUCAAUAAAGAUGAUUAUGAGAAAACUAAACUUAGAAAGAUACAGGUUCAAAAAUUUGAAAUAUAAAAGAACACUAUUUUUAUAACAUCCAUAGAUUUAUGCAGUAAUCCUUAAGACAACGGUAGUCAGGAAAUUUGUCUUGGAUUUCUCCUUUUCAAACCAAAACUUUCUACAAGAGGAAACUAUGGAACUACAAAAGAUAUACAUGCAGAGCAGACCGCGUUUAUUUGUAGGUUUUUUAACUAUUUAGGACGGUUUAUAUAUCACCCGUUUCCAAAAAUGUUUUCCUGAGAAGAAAGAUAGAUAGAUCCUUUUGUUUUGAAUUAACAAGUGAAUCCAACUCAAUUUCAGCGUGUGCAAGCUUGUACAGGGUUCCUACCGAUUUUUGAAUCCAAAUUAACUUCAGGAAUGUUUUCAGACAUUUUUUACAAACAAUAAUUUCUUUUCCAGACUCAACGAUUAUCAAAUGGGUGAUCAAUAGAGACCUUAGAAAACGCAGGAACAAAACUUUUUUCAUGAUGUGCUGCAAACGUAUUGGCUAUAUUGAAUAAAAUUUGACCAAAAUAAAAAAUUUUCACUUUUACAGCGCUUGUUAUAGCUUUGAAAAAAAAAGUCAAGACUUUUCAUCAUUUUUCCAGACUUUACCUCCAUUUUCUAGACUUUUUCCAGGUCUGGAAAACUGCAGGGCAAAUUUCAAGACUUUUUCAAGAAUUUUAAACUCUGUACAAACCCUGCGUGUAGCACGCUUGUUAUCAACCUGUCUAACAACAAAAGUACUUAAAAUUUGAAGGUUCCUUAUUUGGGUCCAGCACACAAGACUAGAUUUCACUGGAAGCACGAAUAAAAUUCACUGGACCGCCUCAUUUCUAUUUGUGCUGUGCUUCUAAAAUACAUCAAACAGGUAUUGAAGAGUGCUUGUAUUGGGUCAUACCUAACUAACGAGGUAUUUUACGACUAGACUUCCAAUGACUUUAGUGGGCUCUAGUUGUUGAAGAUUGGAACCUACAUGUAGUGAAGUAUAUUGGACAUUUUGGGGGGAAAGGAGAAAAGAGAUAAAUUUCGGAUGUAAGGAAGGUUAAUGAAGUAUGCAUCACAAUUUUCUGAACUUCCUUAUGUAAAUAAAAUAUAAAUAUAUAUUGGGUUUAAGAAGGAAACACUAGAAAAGCUAUACGGGAGGGAAAAUUAAAAACACUGCAGUAGGAUUUCUACAGUGUUUUCAGGAAUUCGCAGUCCAGAGUCUAAACAAGGGUGAAUAUAUGACAUUUAGAAAGUAUUCCCAAAGUUUCUUUUUCUUUUCUACGCAGGGAAAAUGAUUCCUUUCACGGUGGCACCUUUACUGUUGGUCUGCUUUACAAUAGCGGAAGGUGGAAUUCCAAGUGAGCCCCUUUUUUACCAUGUACUCGAAGGCCAACUCUUUGGAAUUGGAAUCUGGCCCGCGCCAUAAUAAAGAUGUGAAGCUUCAAAAUAGAAAAAGAAAAUAUUGGAAAAUUUGACCAAACAAUGCUAAGUUUUCUUGUUGACUUUGGAACAUGUCAUGAGCUAUCACGGUCCAUCCUCGGAGACCCAGGGGUGGUCAAUCGCGAAGGGUCAAAAAGCAGGGGCAGUUUGUCAAGAUCCGACUGAUCGCCCUUGGGUCUCCGAGGAUGAUUCUGGUCUAGAACUGACUUUGAAUCAAAACGCAACUCAUCAGGAAGGAAGAAACGCAGUUUGAUCUAAAGGAAAGGCAGUACUAACAUUACAAUGUAGUGAUAAGUAAUGUACUAUAUUUUUAGCUUGGGGUCUUAUGGAUUUGAAAAGUUGCACAAUUCUGUUUACAGUCAGUUUCCUCAUAGUGACCACUUCUCGUAAGCGACCACUUUAAAAAUAAACGUUUUGUUUCUCACAAAUACUGUUUCAAAAACUCUCAUAAGCGACCACUUUUCCUAUUUCUUACGCGACCGCGAUCACUUUUAAGGCCAAAAAUUUGACAUAUUCUUUUGUUUUCUGUUUCUAAUUCUGGUAAGCGACCACUCUCCUUGUAGAGUUACUCGAAUGUCACAAAUGUUCAGUUUUUAACAUCGCUGACCCAGAGCAAAAAAUACACUUUAAUAAUAGUACAGAGUGUACUUUCAAGUAAAGAUAAGUUCGCCGAUAAUCGGGGUCUGCAGACGAAAGUGCCUGAUAUUCUUUUUGACUUAAGGCUCAAAACACAAAAGCAAUCGAGCAUUCUAGAUUUCGUCGAGAAGCUUUCGAAUGCGACCGAGUGAUUGUGAAAUGUAAAUACUGUUAAGUCUGAAUUGGAGUACAAUUAAGUAUAUGCACCCCAUUUAGGCGAUUUAUGAUUAACAAGAGACAAAUUUUAAACUGCAUUGUACUUGUUAUCUUUAUCUACUUACGUUAAUCAAUUAAGUUUAAAAGUACUUUGUUACGUCCUCCCAUAAGCGACCACCUCCCGUAAGCGACCACUUUUCCGUGCACCAUGGGUGGUCGCUUACGAGAGAGCUUACUGUACAUUUUUAACAGAAAGUUAAGAUUUGCAUAUUUUUGCAGAAUGUCAAACACCCCUCGGUAUGCAAAACGGUGCGAUACAAGAUGCCCAAAUAAAAGCCUCUUCAGAGUGGGAUGGUAAUCAUGCUGCCAUCCAGGGAAGACUCCACUUUAAAGCAAUUCCAGGCAAAGCAGGAUCAUGGUCAGCUCGCUCAAAUGACAUGAACCAAUGGCUGCAAAUUGACUUGGCUAAUCAGCAUACAAAAGUAACACGCAUAGCCACGCAAGGCAGGAAUGCAUAUAAUCAGUGGGUUACAAAAUACAAGUUACUAUUCAGUGACAAUGGUGUCAACUUUCAUUACUACAAGGAACAAGGAAAUGUGGCAAUCAAG